CAGGGUAAGACCAAGGUGCUAGAGAACUAGCGAGUGGCGAAUGGCGCAGACACUGGGCAGGGCAGGGCCUCUUUGGAGGGCUGAGCCGUUUCCCAGGUGACCGCCUCUUGGGAGGGGAGGGGCUAAGGCCGGAUUCCCAGAGGUGGCCAGGAUCCCGUACCCCGUAGUGUCUGCCGGUAGUAGGCCAAGAGACCGCACAAUUCCAGUGUAGGGGACAUAAACAGAAAAAGGCGGGGCCUCGAUGUCAUCAGGAGGGACUUGGUGGGCGUGGUUCUGGUCCAGAGCAACCAUCCGUCUCCCAGGAAAUCUAGUACUCUGACCUGUGGUCGGUCCGUCCUGUAGGUCUGAACAGGGGACCGCGACCCACGCAGGCCAUGUCCGGGGACUCCCCAGCACUGUGGGAGCUAGUGGAGGAGCAUGUUCCACUCCCAGAGCGGCCUGAAGUGAAGAGGAUUCUAGGGGAGGCAGCAGUGGACCUGAGCCUGGAGUUACGAGAGGAGGUGGCGAUGUUAAAGGCUCUGCUCCAAGAGAUCCAGUCUUCUCAAGUUUCGGGAUCCCACCCCAUCUCUGCCUCUCCCUCCCUUCUGGCACCUCCCCCUCUCCUGAGGGACCUCAUGCGCCAAGAACUCCGACAGUUGCUCCAAGGCCUCCGCCUUAAGGCUAUCUGUGAGGGCAGGGACCAGACCCAGGUGUGGGCCAAGUAUAGUCCCAGGGUCCUUCACUUUGCCUUAGAGGAGCCCAGGUGUGACUCAUCACAACCGGAACUAUUCCCGAUGAAAGCUGAUAUGCCCAGGACUAUGACAAGCAACACAGAGAGGGUGACGUUAACCUCACCUGUCAGCAGCCAUCACAGGGACCUGAGUGUCAUCAAGGACCAACUGAAUGUGUCUAACAUUGACCAGGUUAUCAGACACCUGAGGAGCCUCCUGGAGGAGGAGUGUCACAUGCUGCAGAGAGAGGCCUCUGACCUGCAGCACUGUCUGGAAAGGGAACAGAUGCAAGCUUACCAGUCCUCCAAGGCUGCCCAAAUGCCCACCCUGGCAGAGAUAAAAGAACAGAAGGCGGCCAUGGAACGGGAGCUACAGGUCUCUCUGGGACCUUCCUGUACCUCCUCCAAGCACAGGCAGAAGCCCUUGAGGUCAUCCGUUCUGGGCCUCAGAUCCUUCCCUUGUCUCCAUGGCUACAUGCCUACACCUCCUUCGGAGCGCUGCCCCCACCCUCAAGGUCAGACAACCACCCAUCGACGAAGACUUCGGUACUUCUGCUGGGAAGAGCCAACUUCCGCAUCAGUGCCCGGGACGGCGUCCCAGGCCCCAACCUGAAGGGCUGGUCCCCAAACAGGCUACUGCUUCCGCUUCAACUCGCCCAUCUGUUGUUGCCUCCAGCUUCCAUAGCUCCUACCAGUUUCCGCUUCGUUCUUGGAUGAGCUCACACAGCCCCACCCAAGCUGAAAGUUGGUUUGGUCCCAGCCCCACCCCUUAACAGGUCGAUCUAGGACUCGGUGGCAGGAUACCUGUUCUAACCAUCACAGCCUUUGGCCCCUCUCCUCCACUCAGGCCUCCCCACAGAGGCCCCCAUCCCAGCCUGACUCCUUGUCCCCUAGGGGCCCAGACAAAGCAUAGCAGCAGCUCAGAGA